GCCUCACACGAAACUCAUACGAGCCACUGUUGUGAAUACAAUCCUCCCCACACCGACUUCAUUUUAUUGCAUUUUGCUGAUUCUACGUCCUUCUAAUUCCCAUCUUCUCUGAUUUUCCAUGGAGAAAUACGAGCAGUACAAGCGUGUUUUCCACCGCUUCGAUUCCAACGGAGACGGGAAGAUAUGCCCGGUGGAGCUCCAACGCUGCGUCGGAUCAAUAGGCGGAGAGAUGACGGAGGAGGAGGCGGUGGCAGCGGUGGUUCUGAUGGAUUCUGACGGUGAUGGACUGCUGUGUUUGGAUGAUUUCGUGAGGAUAGUGGAAGGUGCUGGAGAGGAAGAGAAGGCGAGCGAUUUGAAGGCGGCGUUCAAAAUGUACGAGAUGGAGGGGAGCGGGUGCAUUACGCCCAAGAGCUUGAGG